AUGUUGAGGGUCCAAGAGAACCAACAAAGGUUGAGAGAGUUGGGAGUAAAGAGUAUUUCAACGUCUUUGACAAGUUUGGCCGACAGUAAAAAAACAAAUAAAAGGAAAGAAAUACCAAAGAUUACGAAGGAGCGUGAUGCAGAAUAUUUCCUUGAUAUUGGUGGUGAUAGCGACGAAGACAACCAUGAAGAAUUUGUUGUAAAUAAUAAAGUCUCCAAAAAGCAACAUCAAACACAAUUUAUUGCGCCAAUGUCAAUGACAAGAUAUGCUAAUUUAGCGAAGCAAAAAAGAGUUGUUGCUCCAUAUAUGUCGCAUAUGCCACCGUUUGAGGAAGCUUGCAACCAAAAUGGACAAUUUGCUGGUUCAGAUGUAACGACCGUGAGUUAUGCACCUUUAACAUAUAGUUCAUGGCACAAAGUUCCUCGUAAGGAUAAGGAGAAGAUGUGGCAGUUUGUGUUGAAAAAAUAUAUCGUGCCAAAUAGUGCUAGAGAUUGGGUUCUGAUGACUAUUGGAGCUUCUUGGAGGGGACACAAAAGCAGGGUGAAGAAAAAACACUUUUAUAAAUACAAGGAUAACAAAACUAGAUGGCAAAACCGUCCUGACGGCAUUCCAGCAAAGGAUUUUUCAGAUUUGCUAAAAUUAUGGAUUAGUAAAAAGGAGAUGAACCGUUGUCAGCAAGCAAAAGAUAGACGUGCUUUACAGAAAAACAUGCACACGGCUGGCCCAAAAAGUUUUGCAAGGAUUCGUGAGGAAAUGAAAAGUGAGAACCCAAACAAGGAGUCCCCGAAGCAAACCCAAGUGUUUGAACGCACACGCAAAAGAACAGAAGGACGUGAGUAUGUUGAUACAUAUGAUGACAUGGAAAUGAAAAUUGAACUCAUGAAGAACUACAAGCCUCCGGAAGAAGAAGAAAGUGUUCCACAAGAUCCGUUUCUGGCUGUGAUGAACAAAGAGUACGAUGGACAUCUUAGACUAUAUGGUAAAGGUGUUACUAAAAAGUUAAUAAAUAAAGUUAGUGGUGGUAAGGGGUCAUAUAUGGUUCCACGAGAGAUUAUCGAGUCCCUGAAAGUUGGUGAAGUUGGUGUAGUGGAUGUUGAAGAACAAGAAAGGAAGAAAGCUGAACUAGCAGAGGAUCAUGAAAGGAAAAAGGCUGAACUAGAAGCUAUAAGGAAAGAUAUUGACAACCAACGAGAUAAAUUAGUUGAAGAUGCUGUGCGAAAGAUUAUGCAAAAACUGCCUCCUGGAGUUACUCGGGAUCUCUUUACCUGA